CAGACCACACCCACGCGAACCACUCCACCACCGGCCAUCGCGCUUUUCCCAUUCCCUCGCCGCCGCCGCCGCCCCCGCCAAUCUCCUUCUCCGCGGCGCCGCCAUGCUCCGGCUCAGGUGCUGCCUCCUCACCCAGCUCCUCUCGCCUCCCUCCGCAUCUCCCGCCUCCCAGCUCCGCCGCCUCAUAUCCGCCGCCGCGCCCGCCAUCUUCCCGAACCCUAGCUUCGAUGUGGAGGGGUACCUCGUCUCCACCUGCGGCCUCACCCGAGCACAGGCCCUCAAGGCCUCGGCCAAGCUCUCCCACCUCAAGUCCCCUUCCAAGCCCGACGCCGUGCUCGCCUUCCUCGCCGGCCUCGGCCUCUCCGGCGCCGACGUCGCCGCCCUCGUCGCCAAGGACCCGCUGUUCCUCUGCGCCAGAGUGGAGAAAACCCUGGCCCCCGUCGUCGCUGGGCUCACCGGCCUCGGCCUGUCACGUUCUGACAUCGCGCGCCUCGUCUCGCUCUCCCGUGACAAAUUCCGAUGUAGAUCCAUCGUCUCCUAUCUACAAUACCACCUGCACCUCUUCGUCUCCUUUGAGAACCUCCUCCCUGCUCUCAGGCGCGGCUUAUGCCUUGUUUCGGCCGACCUCGAGACAGUGGUCAAGCCCAAUGUUGCGUUCCUUAAAGAGUGCGGGCUAGGUGAUUGCGACAUUGCCAAGUUGUGUAUCGGUCAACCAUGGCUGCUCGCCUCAAGCUUAGAGUGCGUCCGGUCAGUGGCGGCACGCGCCGAAGGUAUUGGUGUGCCCUGUGGCUCUGCGAUGUUCAGGCACGCGUUGUGGGCUGUUGCACGCCUCAGCCAGGAGAAGAUCGCCGCCAAAGUGGAGCACUUGAAGAAGAUGCUCAGGUGGUCAGAUGCUGAGGUGCGCAUUGCUUUGUCCAAGUCUCCAGGGAUGCUGAGUUUUUCUAGUGACAGGCUGCAGGGCAUCUCAGAGUUCCUCAUCUCCAAGGCAGGGCUGGAACCAGCAUACAUUGCUCAUCGGCCCGCCAUGCUCAAUUAUAGCCUGGAGGGCCGGAUCAAACCCCGGCACUACGUUGUAAAGUAUCUCAAGGAAAAUGGAUUUCUAGAUCAUGACCGGGACUAUUAUAAUACGCUCUGUAUCAGCGAAAAGGUAUUCAUGGAGAGGUUCAUAUGUCCUCACAAGGAAGCUGCACCCCACCUUGCUGAAGACUAUGCCGAUGCUUGUAGAGGGGAAGUGCCUUUCAGUUUCAGAUUUACAUAAACCAAGAACGGGCUAUGAGUAUUGGUAACUGUGUAUGGCGCAACAGAGUUUACACUCUGUGCAGUGAGCUAGUAAUUUCUGUUUCGGUGUUCUUUGCCUAAUUGGAUCUUGGUUGUCUCCUCUAUUAUGUCUGGUACAUGUCAAUUUAGUGUCGCUAUUUCCAUAUGAAACUGAUAAUUUGAUUGUGACUUCUUUGUAUGUCCAUCACACCAUUCCAGUAGAGAAGGAAGCAUCGCACUACGGUUAACAUGUCCAUCCUCAUAUCAUAUUGACACACGUAAUAGAAGCAAGAGUGUGUGAGAUCAGGGUAUUUCUACAAAUGGUUUCAAAUAUCAGUGAUAGAGUAUGUCUGGAUACUCUAUCGUUAUGUUCUCAACGACCAUUGCAGUUUUCAGUGCAAUCCUUAACUACCUUUCCAUGAAAAAUGUUCUCAUUUUGGUCAUUAUUAAUUGAAGUCUCAAAAUUUCCCUUUGGACGGCGGAAACAAUUGUGGAAUUGUUGAUGGCCACAAUGUGUAGAUCACUGCCGAGGAUGCAGUUUUGAACUAGUUUGUUGGUUCCUUCCUCUUAGUUCUUCUAAGAUGAUAGUCUUCGUUUUCCUGCAGUUGCUCUGUUUAUAAGAUAUUGACUGUACAAGAAAGCAUGUCAUUGUUUACUAGUAGUAGUUUGUACCAGCUUUUUUUCCCCCCGCUCUAUGUUUUUGGAUGGCCUAUUGGCUUAUACUUUUUCUAGGGACAUCUGAUCUCAAAAUUGAAUAAUGUUGUUCGCGUUCUGAAAAUACUUGGCAGUUUUACGGCUACUUCAGAAUUUUUAUCACCUUUCGAAAGCCUUAUAAGUAUUACUUAAGCUUUAUCAAGCACAAGAAGAUAGGCCAUGUUGUUUCCUUUACAAUAUUAAUUAUAAUGUUAGAUGUAUUAUAUAUCUGGAUGACUGUUAGGACUGUAGUUCGAGAGCCACUGGGUCCAUUUUAUGCCACACAAGUAAAACCCAGUGUAUCCACACACACAGUGUAAACAUGAACUCUUGGAGUUAUCAGGUUGUCGUUGCAGUUAACACUAGUUAUUUUUCCCUCUUUAUUUGCUUCAAGGACUACUGAUGGUAGUGCACUUAUUUACUUCCUGGUCCUCUUGUUGGUGGAAGUACUGCAUCAAAGAAUGUAAACAAAUGGCUCGAUGAGAUGAUUACAUGGUAUGAAUCUUCCACCAGUAUUCCGAGAGGUGGUCCUUGCAAGUUGCUUAUCUCCUUGUUGAAGAUACUGUGUCAGCAAAAUGGGAAACUAAACAGGAGGUACUUUGUUUCAUGCUUUAUGUUGUUGUAGUCAUAGUUGUAGUUAUAUUACCGUUCAAUUGUGUGCCUUCUCCCCUUUGCUAUAAUUAUUCGUUUGAAAUUUUCAUCAGAAGGAAGAUGGCCAUAAUGCUUGUUCUACUUUAAUCCACCCUUGUGUUGUGAUGAUGUCAUAUAGUGCAAGCAAACUAAUACUUUUGAUACGAUUACCAUUUCUGAAUGGUUAUGACGGACGCAUUAGACUUGUUUUUCUUAAUAAUUAUUAUGUUUGGUAUUAUUGCCUGGACAUAUAUCAUAGGUUCUGAUUCUACAUUUCCCCUCCGUUGAUCUGUACUGGUUUCUGAACUGAACUAUUACCUGCAAUUACCGGCUACUGGUUUCAACCUGUUUCAGGUCCUCAUUUAGGCUACAGUUUAAAAUGGUUCCUUUCAAGGAUUCAGAAGAUUACCGAGUUGGCUUAUACCCAGUGCCAGUAGUAUCUCAAAUUAUAGACUAGUAGUUGAAUGUCUAACUCGUCUUCUGGCAAUAUGAGACGGUGGAACCUUGCAAAACUUACUUUUUCUUCUUUCGUUGAGUAACAUAAAUUAGACCUGCCAUUUUCGUAGCACCAUUUAUGGGAUGAUUUUGACUAUUUCGGUAACCUUUUCACAUCUAACUCUCGUUUGAAUUCUUGGUAAUAGGAUACUGACGGUCCAGAAAUGGCAGUAGCUAAGCUGUUUUCAUCUUGUAGGAGAAGUGGCGCUCAUAUUGGGGGGAUUUUGAAUCCAAUGUUCGUUUCGGGGAAAAUAUCCCCUCUUGAAGUCAGAUGCAGGUUCUUCUUAUAUUCUGUGUCAUUGCCAUAGUUAACCAAGUGCCCCCCACCCCCGGUACUGCUUGUGGGUUUUACACUGUCUGAAAUGUAGAUAAAGAUGUAUCUCAUGGUCAUGGGGUAGCAGUAGCAUGCUGGUUUAUCAUCUCGAUAAGCUAUAGAGCAAGCGGUCCAUGGGUAUGUAUAUUUGUUCAGUGUGCUUACUCAAAAGUUUUCAGUUUGCUGAACGUGUAUGUCGCUUCCUUUCUA